AUGGCAGCGGCGCAUUCAAUCAGCGCGCGCAGCAUGCCUUCAAUGUCCACUCAACAGUACGGUAUUGACCAAACUCCUCGCCCGCCCUCAGCAUCACUUGGCCGCAAGAGUUCGAUUCGCGCCGUCCCCUACGACCCAAUCGACACUCGCCUACCCAUCGCGCCCUCCUUGUCGGGCGCUUCAAUCGGCAGCUAUUCACCUUCCGGUUGGCCUUUUCCCAAGGGCCAUCAGAGGCAAAACAGCAAAUCCAAGUUGCCUAUUCCUGUUGACAGCGGUAGUCCGACGAGAAUGGCUCGCAGAGAGACCUCUCCGACACGCAAAUUUGCUCAGAGAUCGGUGAUGAGAGCGGCAGCGAGUGCCCCAUCUCGCCAGGGCAGUUUCCACGAGUCAUCCUUGCGGAAUGAGACCUACAACAAUAGCGAAUCAUCCCCAGAUAAGGAGCGAGAUUCUGAUGAGAUUGACAAUGGUACCAUCCGUGCCUCCCAGACCAUGGGUGCUAAAAUGGACGAGAGCGAGGAGAGACCCAAGUCUCGUCACGGACGCGCGGAGUCUCUCACGCGAGCUUCCGCUUCGUCACUUGCCAGCCGUCCAAAGACACCUUUUCCUUUCUCAGGCCCCGGUGACUCGCCCCCUGAGCGACCCACGAAUCCCACUCCUCAUGCUGGACUGACGAAGCAAUCCGAGAGGUUGGAGGAUCCUCGAUUCACCGCCGAAUAUUUCGAAACCAUCAGCAUCCGCGAUCAUGCGCCGAGUCCUGAGCCACUCACUCCUCCUCACCGUCUUUCCGUGGCGCAAAGCGACUCGACCGAUGCCAUGUACGGAGGUAGUCGUCAAGUUUCCACAUUUUCAACCGUCCACGAAGUUGACGAGGAAGGUGGUGACCACGACACAGGGACACGGGACACACUGGAUCUCGAGCGCACCAUGACUUUCAUGCAAGAUACUUCGGAAGACCAGACCUUCGCCGACAAGAACAUCAGCCUGGAGAGCUCCGUUCAACAAGACGAAAGCACUCUGAGCUCAAGGCGCGCCAGUAACCCUUUUGGCUUCCACAAAAAUGUGGACAUCGGCGAUGGUACUCCUGACCGGGGCAUCAUGCUGAUAGACCCCAAUCUUACCGCCGACCUCACGAGCCACAACAUCUCGCGAGUCACUUCCGGCUCGCGCAUGUGGACACCGCUUCCCAACAUCGACUCGAUCCGUCGCGGCCCCAAGAUUCGCCAUGAUCGCGUCAUCCCAGAGCCCGGCGGUGGUUCUGGCGGCAUAGCUCCCGCCCGUAGCGGCCUCAUUCCACCCGUCAACACCCUCGCCGACUUGGCCAUCCUCGGCGGUAACGGCAGUGGCAAUAAGUUGAACGACCUCGAAGACCAGGACCCAGAGCAACAGGAAACGGCACGGAAAGCAAUGCGCCUCCAGAAGUGGCUCGUGCCCGUGUCAUUCGGCGUGCUGCAAGUGUCCAUCAUCUCCUUCGUGGCCAGCAUCGCCGUCUACGCUUCUCGUGCCUCUCAGUCGCCCAUUUCUGCGGGUAUCAUUGCUUGGAUCAGCAUCAGUACCGUGCUACUGGUCUCCUCCCUCGCCACGUUGCUUAUUGGUGUCUGCGCCGUCGCGAGUCUGAGGAAACAGGAGACGGGCGAAGAUCCCUGGAUCGAAAUGCACCGUCUCGCUCGUGCUCUUCCUCCUCGCCCGCCUGCUGAGAAGGAGGGCAACGACAAGGCCGAUAAGAAGAGCAAGGCAUUGGCGGAAGAGGAUAAGGCCGCAACUGAAGAGGCGUGGAAAAAGUUUGCUGACGACCAGGAGCAGCUGCGGAAGUAUGUCGAGAAGUUGGAGCAGGAGAUCUUGAACAUCAAGGAAAAGAGGAAAGAGGAGCAUGGCGUGAUGCAUGCUGCGCAGAAGCAGCAACAAAAGCCGGAGCUGCAUCCCAUUGGCACCGCUAUUUCCACUGGCGACCAAACCCCCGAUUCCAAAGCUAACUCUCACUCCCACAAACAACCCACGUUCGAAGACUGCCCCUCCCAUUGCAACGGAUCCUCCGAGGGAGCAGACGAAGACAUCACCCUCACCCCCAAAGCUUCCAAAGCAACCCAGACCACAACGAAACCAAGCGACUCCCGUAUCGCAGACAACAAGCCAACCUACUACCACACCUCUGGCGGUCACCGCCGUCGCCCGCGUUCCAACACAACCCACACAACCGGUCACCAAUCCCUCCACCGCCUGCUCGGUCCUCCCUCUGAGUUGGACUCCGGCCACUUCCAGCGUACUGGACUCGGAGUGCCUGCCAGUAACAGCGGCGGGACCAUUGCGUCUUUGAAUCUUCACAUCUAUCAUAGCCCCGGUCAAAACCUCGUUGACUAUAACCACCACGGUUAUAACCAUAACAACCAUGGCCCCGACAGCCAGGCGCAAGUUGAAAAUCAGGCGCAGGCUCGCAACGCCGGUCGUGACCACGGUGACAAUCACCACAAUCACGACCAUAACCAGAACGAUAACCAUCCCCCUACCACCUACAAACACGCCCACAACAAUGCCCACGGCGACCGCGUGCUACCUCCCACUCAGUCCCCCGCCCACACCGCGAUCUUCACCCGCACACCAUCAGGAGUAGUGGAAUUCAGAGGCGUGCCCAUCUCGCAAACUCAGUCCAGCAUCCUAACCGAGCUGUGCGAGGCCGUCACCCUCUCCAGUCUCAGCCGUACCGGCUCUAGCACAUUUGGGGGUAUUGAGUCCUACAGUCCCCUCGGAAGAGACGAGAUCUCGGGAGCGAUGAGGAAGGCGGGCGUCAACAACCACACCAACAAUAUCAACAAGGGAGUGACACCCUCGCCUUCCCCCCGACCCUCGCAGUCGAUGAUGAAUCAACCAGAAACAUUUCCCGUCUCGGUGGGAACCUCUUCGUCGUCUGCCAGUGCCAGCAACAACAGCGGCGCAGCGGCCUCGGGACGAGCGGAGAGUAACAAAACAGGCAACAGUACCAGAACGGGAUACAGCGGAAUGCCAAAAGGAAUGAUGGGCGGAGUCAGAGCCGUCACGGCUAGUGAUGUUGCUCCUGAGGAUGAUGAGCAUCUCAACCAUCACCACAGCGAGCAUAAGCACGAGCACGAGCCGAUGCCACAGAUGCCACAAAUGCCUGACAUGGCAAAGCUAAAGCAGCAGCAGCAGCAGCGGAAGUACCUCAGCCCAGAGCCACAGCCGACUUUGAGUCAGAAGGAUAAGAUGGCUUAUUAUGGCACGUUUAGGAGGCAGCCGAGCCAGAGGGGGGAUGUGAGGGGUGUGGAAUUUUUCGCUGGUCCCACCAAUGAUGGCGAGGGUCGCUGA